GGCUUUUUACCUCUCUAUUCUGUAUGUCCAACUUCCUCCAUGUCUUGCUGGUAUCUUCUGCCACACCAGAUUCUAACCCUGAGUUCCUCUCUCCCUGAAAGUCCUGCCUAUUCUCUCCUGCCUAGCUAUUGGCCACUCAGAUCUUUAUUAAACCAAUCAGGUACCUUUGAGUUAUUUGCAGACAAAGUUCCAUAGACAGCAGAAAACUUCCGUGCUCUGAGCACUGGAGAGAAAGAACUUGGAUAUAAGGGUUCCCCCUUUCAUAGAAUUAUUCCAGGAUUCAUGUGCCAUUGUGGUGACUUCACACGCCAUAAUGGCACUGGCAGCAUAUGCAUCUACAGAGAGACAUUUGAGGAUGAGGACUUCGUCCUGAAGCACACAGGUCCGGACAUCUUGUCCACGGCAAAUGCUGGACCAAACACAAAUGCUUCCCAGUGUUUUAUCUGCACCGCCAAGUCUGAGUGGCUGGAUGGCAAACAUGUGGUCUCUGGAAAGGUGAAAGAAGGCAUGAACAUCAUGGAAGCCAUGGAGCAUUUUGGGUCCAGGAAUGGCAAGACCAGCAAGAAGAUCACCACUUCCAGCUGUGGACAACUCUUAUUCUUUUGACAUGCAGGCUUCUUACCCACAAAACCAUUCCUUCUGUAGCUCAGGAGAGCACUCCCACCCUAUCUGCUUACAAUACCCUGUAAUCUCUGCUCUCACUGAAGUUCUUCGGGUUCCAGAUUCUCUUCAUUCUUUUCCAAGUCUAGCUAGAUUGCUGGAUUGCAGAG